AUGCUCCAACCAGCAGCCAUUACAGCGCUGCUCUCGCAGCUGAUCAACGAUGCCAACUCGAACGAUUCCAUCCAUCCACACACGGCACUCCUCACGCUCCUCGAAUCGUCCGAGCUGUACGCUUCGGCAACCCGACUUGUAGAUGCGCCUCCUAGCAAAUCUGCCGUGGCAUCCAUCUUGGCCAGCACUGCGGCAGCGACUGGCUCUGCUUUCACCGCACCUCCUCCGCCUACAGCUCGGCCGACAUUGUUGUCGUUGGACGAGCGUGUGGCGUGCUUGUCGGCGAUUGCAACAACGAGCUGGAGGGAGGCUACGGAACACAAAUCCAAAAGCGAAACAAAGGGAGUGGUCAUGCCGGGAGCGUCGAUCUCGGUGGCUAAGCAUGGGAUGACUGGUAUGGCGGGUGUAGAGGGCACCAAGGAGGUGGUGCCGUUGCUGUUGGAGAGCGAUCUGGGAAGGAUAUUGGUCAUGCCAAUUGUACCUCGUGUGCCGACGUUGAGUCCAUCGAGGGGUGAGCUGACUGCGAUGGACGAAACGCAGGACGAUAGCGGCAGCUUUGGCGACCGGAACAAACCGUUUAUGCUUCUCACGCUCAAUGCCGCUUCCUCUCCAGCAUCUGCUACGCAUUACCAGGCGCCAUCAACGCCGCAGCAGAACCACUCGACGUUGAGCCCUGCACUUGCUUCUUCCACCGCUACCCUCUCGGCCAACAACACGACGCGUUCACGACUACUGUCUGGAGUCACCACGCCCACUUCGACACGCUCCGAUCACACGCCCACACCCUCGCGUUCGCCCGUUUCGGACCAUUUUCCCAUCUCGAGCGGCGUACCGCAACGUUCGUCGUCGCCCACACCGGCAGGCAGCGAGGCAGAUGUGGCGCAAUCGCAGGCAAAUGCGGCGGAACAAGAUGCCAGGGAUGCCAAAAUCUGGUCGGCACUCUACGCGCAGGCAAAGGCGUUGGCUAGGGUUUUGGCCCCGAGCUUGGCAGAAUGCGGCGUGGGUCAGCAUGACCUAGACGAUCACGCUGAGACAAAACAGAGUGUGGGGGUGAGCGACGACGAGAUUUGA